AUGGUAGAGGCGUCGAUCAGAGACAUCUCGGAGCUUUCAGCGGCUACGGGCGCAACAGGCGCAGCCCGUGACACCAGGGACUGCCCCAAAACCCUGAUCGGCGGCGCUGAAGUACCAGCGCAAAAGCAGGGGCGGCGGCGUUUGCAGCAGCAGCUGCAGCCGCCCGGGCAGUACUUUGUUUCGGGCCAGGCAGGGCCGCACGCGUUCAACCUGAUCUUCUCAAACCUCUUCGACUUUGCCCUGCAGCGAGGCCUCUAUUACCUGGUGCCCCAGCUGGGGGACAUCGCCGCGGUGCUGCAGCGCUACAUGUGGCUGACUGACCUGGCGGACGGCCUCGACGCGCCCCUGGACAACAUCGAUGAUGAUCAGCUCAGGGGUCUAAUCCGCAGGUUCACUGACGAUUUCUGCUCAGAGUCCCAGGCCACGUCUAGCGAGACGGUGCUGUUUGAGUACAGCCAGCCGACCCUGACGGUAGAGCUGGUCCCGCUGGACUGCCCCAUCCGGCGCAGCAACAACACGGGACGCAACCAGAUCAUAUUCGAGGAGUGCUCGCCGGCGCAGCUGCUCAUCAGCCUCACCCCCUAUACGGUCACCGGCCCCUACUACACUGGCGCCCAAUACACCGCUGCCAGCUGCACGUAUGAGGAUCAGUACGGUGUCGACCUGCAGGAGACGUUUGGGGGCGGCAGCAUUCAAUUCAACUUCACUGGAUCAGUCGAGGGCGUGGACAUUCAGCCGCUCAUCAACCAGAUCAACACGGACAUUCGGGGGUUCAGGGGCUUCGCAAACGUCGUGCCGCCCCUCAACAACCUGACAGACGUUACCCUGUCCGUGGGCAACUUUGCGUCGGGCAUCUUUGGCGGGCGGCGGUGA